CAGCCGGAACAUAGAUUGAAGUGCUGUUUUCGCUUGUAAAUCGGUAGCGACACAAAUACCAUUGUGAUUUUUUUUGAUACAAUGUCCUAAACUGUCCUCAACAUACUACACUAGUAAUGUAGUGGAAUUUUAUUGAAGACACUGAAUGGGGGUAGGUCGAAAACGAAUAUCCUGCGAAUAUCAAACCUGCUGCUAACUUAUACCCGCUUUGUUCUGCUGUAAAUUUAUAAACUAUUUCUACAUGAGAAGUAUAUUUUUUCACAGCCAUCCAGCCUUAUAGAGUUUAAUUAAAUAAAAUGACCCGUCUACCAUCAUUAUUAGCUACACUAGCUAACAAAACAGUAUCAAUGUGUACAUCCUGUCCUCUGGCUGUUUAUAACAUUCAGUGUUGUUAUUUUUGUGCUGCUCACACUUCCUUUGUGCAACUGUAGCCUAUGCAGCUUGUUUCAAGGUUCAGUGGUAGGCCUACAUAGAUUUAUAUUAACUGCAGAAUGUUAACAAGGCAUCUUGUCUAUAGCAUAACUUGAGCGAGAGAUAGACUCAUGGCGGCCGGUGCAGCAGCACGGCGUGCUGUGGGAGAGUUUACGCGAGAGUUUACUCGAAUUAAACCGGAGAUUUACCACACUGAAGACGGUAGAGUCAUAGUAGAGGAUGAGUUGCUGAACUUUAUUAUGAUCAAAAUGCGAACACUAAGUCACGAUGAUAUUGUGGCGAUAGUAACGAGCAGCUUCAGCUCCGAGCGGAUUGAGUCUUCAAAGGCAGUUUUGUCAGAACUCCUUCCACACAACAAACGGUGGAUCUCCCAUAUGGGACCAAAGAAGGACAUUAACAAUGUCAAAAUGUGCCUGCAAGCGCUAAAUGAGUGCGGUGAAGAGACCCCCAAGAUUCGUAUCCUACUUCCUGGAUGAAUUACCCCCCGUCUCAUUUAAACACAUCGAUGUGUCUGUGCUUCUCGGGAAUAUGCAGCAAAUCAAUGUUGACAUUGACUACUUAAAAAGAACUAUGGGAACUCAGGUAGCUGCCUGUGAAACAUUGCGGGAGGUUUCUGUUAAACUCGACAGCCGGGUCUUCCCCCGACUGUGAUGGAGAAGCCGCCGGGUCCUGAUCCUGCCCCCCGCAUUCCUUCUGGGGUUAAUGGAUGGUUGCCUGGCGGGACCGACAGCAGUCAACCAGCCCAGUCUGUAGACCCCCCCCCAUGGAGCACGGUGGUAAAGGAUGGGCGCCGACUGAAGCAGGUACGACUGAAGCAGGUACCUGAGAACCCUGCCCAUCGAAUCCUUACACCUCGUAUUGCAAACACUUCAGCGAGGUAUGUGAGAAAGAAAACCGGCAUAAUCGGGACUGGUGUGGUUAGCAAUAUACUGGCUGUCAAAACAAAGAUGGUAAAGGUAUUUGCUACAAAGUUUGAUCUCAGUGUAGAUGUCAAUACUCUUAGUGAGUAUUUAAAAAUGAAACUGGGCCGGGAAGUAACAUGUAGCAAAAUAGAGACGACACAGAAUAGAUUCAGCUCCUUCUGUAUCUCCGCUGAAUGUAAUGAUGUGGCGGAGCUCUACGACCCGCAGCUUUGGCCCGUUGGGUCUUUUGUCCGACGCUACUAUGAGCCUCGUCGCCCUAGAGGAGCAGAAGGAGGCCCGUCUGGUCCAGAUCAGGUCGCCCCUCGUUCUCGAGAUGAGGGGCUGCUGCACGGUAACGAUGCUGCGGUACCUAUUACACGUGUGGGCGAGGACGGGAUGAAGGCCAGCUGCUCCGUUGGGAGCAAAUAAAAACAUUAAAUGCGUGUUGUCUCAUACAACACUCGCGGACUGCGAGUAGGACACACUGCUAUUGAUAGAUCAAGGCGUCUGGUUGUGGACACGUUGCUGGAUGAAUGUGAUAUUCUAUGCCUGCAAGAAACCUGGCUGGCAAAACAAGAUCUAGAUAAGUUGAACACUAUACACAUGAACUUCCAUGGGGCUGGAGAGUCCACUACCGACCUCAGUACGAGGCUGGUUUGAGCUAUCUGCUCCAACAGGCUGAAUCCAUACAUCUGAAAAAAACCUUCAGACAUCUAAAAAUGUCAACACUCUCAUUGAAUAGACAUCAGUAUGAAUCAUGACCUAGUGGAAAUGUUCAGAGAGAAACUAGACAGCUUCACCAUCUCAGAUUACCAUGGCCUGAACAGUCCAGGUCUGACAUGCUAUUUGAACAGCGUGGUUCAGGUGCUUUUCAUGACCCAGGACUUCCGGGAGGCUGUGAAACGAUGCAGUAAAGAUUCAACAACCAUUGACCCACAGCUGGGAAGACUUUUUGCUGAUCUGCAGAGAAGUAUGGCCGAAACGCAUGACGUCAUAAACAAACUGGGGAUCACAAAUGUAUAUGAGCAACGUGAUGCUGCUGAAUAUUUUGAGAGGAUCCUCUGUCAGACCAGUCCGGAGGCAGCCAAGAUAUUCAAGGGAGAGCUGAAUCACAAGACCGAAUGCCUCAAGUGCAAAGAGAGGAACGAUUCCAGGAGCUCUUUUUGGUUUCUGCCACUUGUGGUGGAAGAUUUGCACUGUCAAACUUACAGCGUGGAGGAAGGAUUAAAAGCAUUCUUCAAGGGAGAAAAAGUCUGCGGUGACAACAAGAUGUUCUGCAACCAGUGCAAUAAAAAGCGAGAUGCAGACUUUGGAUGUGAGAUAACACACAAUCCAGAGAUUCUGACCCUCCUGCUGAAGAGAUUUAACUUUGACUACAAGCGCAGGUGUUACGUCAAGCUUCACUGCAACGUGGACGUCCCCCAAACUUUACACAUAAGGAAUUGCAAAUACGACCUCUACGCUAUAAUUAACCACUUUGGUAAUCUAACUGGAGGCCAUUAUACUGCACAUAUCAAAUCUUUUGAAACUCACGUGUGGUAUGACUUCAAUGACGACAUUGUUAAGAGGGUCAAACAACCUUUAAGGUCUUAUGCUUACCUCCUCAUGUACAGGAAGGUGAGCAAAGAUCCUGAUAAAACUGAUCAAGGCAACCAGGAGGCUCUCUGCCUACAUUCAGAUGUUGAGGCUGAAAUAAGACAUGAUGAGGCAGAGAGAGGAGAUGCUCUCGUUCCUCAUCAUCAAAUGAAAGAUGAAAGCUGCAAUGGAGGCGGAAAUAUUAAGCACUUGAAUGACAAUAUAUUAAAGAAAAUCUGCACUGAUACGGUUUGGAAGAAACCUAUCAACCUUUCUGGGGAACUGGAAAAACAGCCUAGCCAGAGAGCAACAUGUGCGAGGACACAUAAAGAAAAUGUUCUUUAUACAGACACUGGAGCAGAUGGAGACAGUUUGCAAAGAAAAAGGUCAGACUUUGCAAAGCUAAAAGAAGAUGGAGGACCAAAAAGCCAUGAGCCAAUCAGACAGCAGCUUGAUACAAACUCAGAGGAGCACAUGUGGAAUCCGAACACCAGACGGACCCCCACAACACACCAGUUAGGCCGUAUGUUAGAGCAAAAGCAUUCAUCCCCAAAUAAAAGACUGAAAGGAAAUGAGACUAUCCAGGAAACACAGAACAAUUUUGUUGCAGAAACUGGAACAAGUUUGACUGAUAGUACAAGAAAUGGCAUCAAACCUAAUUCAUUUCAUGUUUCCUCCAAUGGCUACUCUUCUUCUUUAGUUCCAUACUUGACAGGACACUUGCAAGGCCAGUUUAAAAUUAAAGAACCAACAGAGUAUAACUAUCUACCAAACCUAUGCAGGAAACCAAACAGUUCAAAGAGAGACGAGGAGAGAAUGCACCAUGCUGUAACUGCAGACAGAAGCUGCAAACCGGAGACCAAACUAACUGUGAAAAAGGCCAAGGGGGGAGUUCAAGAUGAUCGACCUGUAAAAGAUCAAUACAGGUAUGGAGGUUUGUCUGGGAGCCACACCAUCACUGCAGGCGAUGAAGUAAGAGCUCGUCUUCAGGCACUCAGGAGUGAGUUUCAGGCACACGAAGCAGAACUCGACCUGACAGCGAGGACAGAUUAUGUUCUUACAGCCCGUUUUGUCAUGCUCCACUCUCUGACCACAGGUGGGACAGGCCCGGAUGGAGGGACAUGCGUCGACCCCCUCCACCUGAGGGAGGGCGGUGGUCUUGCAGUUCUUGAGGAGCUCGAGGUCGUGGUUGAUGCAGCCGUCAUUGUCGCAGCGGUCAGAGCGUGGAGCUGCACCUUUCCACACCAUCAAACAUUGCCAGCAGAACUGGUGGAGAUAACAGGGACACUCACUGUUUUGAAGUCACAGUAUUCUGUGGCAGCUAGGCGGGCGAUGUUCUCUUCAAAGUACUGCAUCUCUUCAGCUGUCAGCACUGCCAGCCUGCGCACCUCUUGGAGAGGAGGCUCUGCGGCUGAUCUUCACAGACAAGAUGCUGGAUGGAAACUCCGAGCUGCUGACUGGAUUUGGAAUCCAGCACAUGUCUGUCAUCCACAUGGUGGUGAAGGUUCCUGGAGGGUUGACCGCUUGACAGAGACGACCAUUUCCUCCUGCUGCUGUUUACACAUUUUAAAGCUUUAGGCUACUGUAUAUGCUGUUUUAUGCAAUACUCAUUUGAUAUUCCCAUGUUUUAAGCUGUUGCUGUUGUACAAAUAAAGUUCUGCCUAAUGCCUUG